AUGUCUGUCACUGUUACCCUUGGUAAACAAUGCUCUGCCUAUUUCCGGAAGUUCUGGCUCCGUCAGUUUAUUCGGUUCAUAAAUAGAAACACCAGUUUCAUCAAUGGACACGGGGAAAGGGUUUGGAUUGAUGAGGCUCAUAUAUUGAACAACCUUCACAUGUCUACAAGCGAAUUGGAUCCAUUAGACGUGGAGCAUUCCACCGUUUGGGUGACAAACAGUGAGCUUCGGCGGAAGGGCGUCCGAUAUACCCUCCAUUGGCGGCUGCCUCCAGAAGGACCAAUGGACGCCCCUGAGGAGUCCGUAUUCCUUCCAUGGAAUGACGAAGAAUUCAAAAGGGAAAAUAAAUUGGCGAAGUUGACAAAGAAAGAGGAGAAGGCAAGGUCCCGCGCACCUUGA